AUGCCCAACGAGAAGCCAAACUCACGACCACGACUUAGUUCCCAAUCCAGCACCAAAACCGAGCUUUCAACUUGUGCUGUAAUAGCUCAGGAUAUUUCUUUUGCAGGCGAAUUGCCAGUGUGUGGAGGGUAUAUAAGCGGGACAAAUCUGCCCCACAUGAUCUCGUCACCCCGAAAGUCAGGCAGCUCCCCACUCUUCUCAAACAAUAACUUCCUUCAAGGCUUCCAACCCUCACCAAUACGAACAAACCCAGAAAUUAGCAAUAUGGACCCCAUUUCAAAUCCUGGAGACCGGACUGGGAAUUCAGACGCGUCUGGACCGAGCCCUGGUGGCUCAUUACGCGGCACUUCCGCGCUGCUUCCCACUUCCGGCCUGGCUGCACAUAACCGCGGACGGAGGAGCCCUAAUCUCAUCACGCCUGCACAAUAUUACCAGCGUCGGUAUCAAGAUCACCUUAACCGAAACAUAGAAGGAAUUUUAGAUUUCUUCCGGCAGGUUGAUGGUCAGUUGCGUCAGAUGCUCGCCGAGGACCCGGUCACGGGUCAAAGAGCUAGGUACAUGCGGGCUAUGAGUCCCAGCCUGCGUGGCCGUGCACCCUCACCAUCGCAGCGGAUGAAUAGCAUCCUGGACCGCCUCGAAAGCAGAUACUUAGGGCGUCCGCCAUUCCCGGGCUAUGAACGCGAGACAUUGCCAUGUUCUAUCUGUUUGGAAGAUUACGCCGAAGGUGAUCGCAUUGUGUUCCAUGAAUCACACCACUUUCACCAUAACUGCCUCCAGGCGUGUAGCUACGCGCAUAAUCUUCAUAAACGACCUUCUAAUGCUCAUACUCUUUUCUCUAUUUGCAGCAUUGGUUGCGAAGCAGUACCAGGUGUCCUUUGUGCAGGCAUUCACUCCGACCGCGACCGCCCAGGAACUGAAUUUGCGAAGCAGGCCUAUUGA